UCUUCCAUGCUAUGCUGUGCCGCCCAGCGACUUUUUGGUCGGUAGCAGCUCACGUUGCCUAUAAAUGUAGGGACGGUGCCAAAAUGCUCUCACAAAAAUCUAAGUACACGUAAACACACCCUGAAAUCUCAAUCCGCUCUAUCUUACGCAGAAAUUGAUCAAAAACCAAACUCAACUCCAACAACGCAGCCAUCAUGUCACCGAAUAAUUACUUUGCUAGCGAUGUCGACGGAAUUCACGGUAAAUAUGAAAUAGUUGAAGUUGAAGCCGAUGUCCACAUCAUCACCUCUGGCGGCCUCCGCAUACCGGCGCAUUCCACUGUUCUGGCUGCUACGUCGACGGUGCUGGAGAGCAUACUAGUUCGACCGCAAAAGCGGAGGAGCUCUGAGAAAACGAUACGGGUUCUCGGCGUUCCCUGCGACGCCGUUUCCGUUUUUGUCCGAUUUCUCUAUUUCUUCAAGUGCACUGAGGAGCAGACGGAGAAACAUGGGAUUCAUCUGCUAGCACUUUCUCAUCUGUACUUGGUGCCACAGCUGAAGCAGAGAUGCACUAAGGGGAUGGCCGAGCGAUUAACGAUUGAAAAUGCAGUGGAUGUGCUUCAACUUGCGAGACUAUGUGAUGCACCUGAUCUCUACCUCAAGUGCAUGAAAUUUUUGUCAAGCAAUUUCAAGAAAGUUGAGGAGACUGAGGGCUGGAAGUUCCUUCAAGAUCAUGAUCCUUGUCUUGAGCUUGAAAUUCUACAGUUCAUGGAUGAGGCUGAUUCGCGUAAGAAGAGGAGGAGGAGACACAGACGUGAGCAGAGCUUAUAUUUACAGCUAAGUGAAGCGAUGGUUUGUUUGGAGCACAUAUGCACCGAAGGAUGUACAAGCGUGGGGCCUUAUGACAUGGAAUCUAGCCAUAAGAGGGUUCCAUGUAGCAAUUUUGAUACAUGCCAAGGCCUCCAGCUUCUGAUCCGACAUUUUGCUAGCUGUAAGACAAGAGCGAAUGGAGGUUGUUUGAGAUGCAAGCGGAGGUGGCAGCUCCUAAGAUUACACGCAUCUGUUUGUGACCAACCUCAAGAUUGUCGAGUUCCUCUUUGCAGUUGGUGAUCGGUGAAUAUAUUAGUAGAUCCAGUUUUUCCCAUUACAGACAAUUCGAACUGAAAUUGCAACAAAGGGGUGAUGAUACGCUGUGGAAAUCACUUGUUAGAAAGGUGGUGUCUGCCAAAGCUAUAUCUUCUUUGUCUCUGCCUAAAAGAAAGAGAGAAGAAGAACCAAGAUUGAACUUAAUAAGCCAUCAUCAAGUGAGAAGUUUUAGGUUGACAACUCACUGUCAAUAGUUAGAAAGCUAUGUUGGCAAUUCAGUGUCAACAGUAAAAAGUUAUUUACCUUUAAGGCUUGAGAAGGUAUCGGUUAGGCAAAUUCAAUCUAUGUAAAUGAACAAUCAAUGGUAUGGCAGUUAUUACUAGAAAUUAUAGAGUU